AUGAGAAACAAGGUAAUCUUCAAGGUCUUGGGUGUCUGUUUGGAUACAUUGAGAGAAAGUCACUCAUCUGUUUCACAUUACUUCUGCAACAGGUGGGAGAGUGGGUGGGGGUGGGGGUGUGUGUGUGGGGGUGUGUUUUAUGUUAUUAGUCUUCUGUUAGAUUCCAGCAGUCAGAAAUCUGGAGAGGUGUGUGUGUGUGUGUGUGUGUGUGUGUGUGUGUGUGUGUGUGUGUGUGUGUGUGUGUGUGUGUGUGUGUGUGUGUGUGUGUGUGUGUGUGUGUGUGUGGUGUGUGUGUGUGUGUGUGUGUGGUGUGGUGUGUGUGUGUGUGUGGUGUGUGUGUGUGUGUGUGUGGUGUGGUGUGUGUGUGUGUGUGUGUGUGUGUGUGUGUGUGUGUGUUAG